AGCUGCAUUUCUGCUUCUUUCUUCUGGAGACUAAUUGAAUAUCACACUGGUGUCAGCCCUGUUGAGGCUUGUCUGGGACGUCAGUGGAGGAACUCUGCAAAAUUCCAUGAUGGUUUUUCCUCCAUCCUGAAGCACUGAAGAUUCACCAGAUUUCCUUUCUAUCUGAUUCCAUCACUUCUGUUUUUACCUCUUACCUGGAAUCCUCUUGUGAUUUGGUUAGUCACAGUAUAAAACCUCAUGGAGUCAGUCCAGGACCACCUUGAAAAAUAGCUGAAUUGUGAAGUUCAAGAAUUGCCACAAGAGGCUUGGAUCAGAUGUGCAGUUUAUUUUCAACACAGCCCAAAGUGUCUCAUGUGAGUCAGGAGCUCAAGGGACAAUGAACAAAGACUUGCGACUGACAAGGAAAGGGGUGCCGACUGGAUUCGGGCAUGGUCGGAGACACUCGUGCUCGGGUUUUGAUGUGGAGAAUGGCCUGUCGGUGGGUCGCAGUCCACUGGACUCUCAGACUAGCCCCGGCUCUGGUCUGGUUCUUCAGGCCAACUUCCCCCACAGUCAGCGCCGCGAGUCCUUCCUCUACCGCUCCGACUCAGACUUCGACCUUUCGCCCAAAGCCAUGUCCCGCAACUCGUCCACUGCCAGCGACCUGGAGGAGGGAUUGAAUCAUUGCGAAGUCAGUUGGCUACCUCGGCAUGGAGAAGACAUGAUAGUGACUCCAUUCGCACAGGUUCUUGCCAGUCUGCGAACAGUGAGAAGUAACUUCGCUGUUCUGACACAUCUGCAAGAUCGUGUGGGAAAUAAGAGGCCAUCGAGCAGCAACCAGCCGUCCAUGUGUAAGCCAUGUGUUGCAGAGGAGCCCUACCAGAAGCUGGCAGUGGAGACCCUGGAAGAACUGGACUGGUGUCUGGACCAGCUGGAGACGCUGCAAACGAGACACUCAGUCAGUGAGAUGGCAUCCAAUAAGUUUAAGAGGAUGCUGAACCGUGAGCUGACGCAGCUGUCGGAGACAAGCCGCUCAGGGAACCAGGUGUCAGAGUUCAUCGCCAGCAUCUUCCUAGAGAAGCAACAUGACGUGGAGAUUCUGUCUCCACCUCCGAAGGAGAAGGAGAAGAAGAAGAGGCCGAUGUCACAGAUCAGUGGUGUGAAAAAGGCCACGCAAAGUCCCAGCUUAGCACCUGCCUGCAUCCCUCGCUUCGGAGUCAACACACCACAUGAGAGCAUGCUGGCUAAAGAAAUUGAAGACAUCAAUCGCUGGGGUCUGGAUAUAUUCAAAAUAGCAGAAUUUUCUGGAAACCGCCCUCUGACAGCGAUCAUGUACGCCGUCUUCCAGGAGCGAGACCUUCUGAAAACCUUUAAGGUCCCAGUCGACACCUUCAUCACCUUUAUGAUGACCUUGGAGGACCACUAUCAUGCAGACGUAGCUUAUCACAACAACAUCCAUGCAGCUGACGUGGUGCAGUCCACCCACGUCCUCCUGUCCACCCCUGCUUUAGAGGCGGUGUUCACAGACCUGGAGAUCAUGGCUGUUCUAUUUGCUAGUGCCAUCCACGAUGUCGACCACCCAGGAGUCACCAACCAGUUCCUCAUAAACACCAGUUCGGAGCUGGCGGUAAUGUACAACGACACAUCAGUCCUGGAGAACCAUCACCUCGCUGUGGGCUUCAAACUGCUGCAAGGGGACAACUGUGACAUUUUCCAGAACCUCAGCAAGAAACAGAGAGACUCCCUCCGCAAGAUGGUGAUCGACAUGGUGCUGGCCACAGAUAUGUCCAAACACAUGAACUUCUUGGCAGACAUGAAGACAAUGGUGGAGACCAAGAAGGUGACGAGUUUGGGAGUCCUGCUGCUAGACAACUAUUCAGACCGCAUCCAGGUUCUACAGAACAUGAUCCACUGUGCCGACCUGAGCAACCCAACCAAACCGCUGGAGCUUUACCGCCGGUGGACGGACCGCAUCAUGGUGGAGUUCUUCACCCAGGGAGACAGAGAGCGAGACAAGGGCAUGGAGAUCAGUCCAAUGUGUGACAAACACAACGCUUCCAUAGAGAAGAGCCAGGUGGGGUUCAUUGACUACAUUGUGCACCCUCUGUGGGAGACCUGGGCGGACCUGGUGCACCCUGAUGCUCAGGACAUCCUGGACACACUGGAGGACAACAGGGAGUGGUACCAGAGCAUGAUCCCCCGCAGCCCCUCGCCCUCCAGCCCCGAGGAGCACCAUGCCGAGGUCGGGCCAGGAGGGGGAGCUGUGGGAGCAGGAGGGGCCCUCCCUUCAACAGGUGGAGGAGGAGGGGCAGUAGGGGACAAGUUUCAGUUUGAACUCACUCUGGAGGAAGAGGAGGAGGACGAGGAGGAGGCGGAGUCUGACCUGGAGAGCCCCCAGGAAGAGGAGUCCCAGUCGGGCGGGGAGAGGCACCAGGACUCCUCCUCCCCAUCUCUGUCUCCGGACCCCCGCAGCAGGUACCGCCCCCCCUCGCCUCACCCGUCUCGGACCCUGAAUUCGGCUGGCAUGUCAGUGCGGAGCCCCCAACCCCACAGGACGCUGGCCUCCCCAGGCGGAGAGGCCACCAACAGGGACAGAGAACUGAGCCAGGAGGGCGACGGAGUGACGUGUCUGAGAAUGGGCACGUAACAACCAGCACAACCUGCCCCGCCUGAGAGACGCGAGUGCUGGGUGUGUGGAGAUGGAGGCAGGGCAAGCCUUUAACCAAUAAUGUCUGUAAAAUCACCACAGUCCCUUUACACUGGAGACAGCCUCUCUGGAGAACAGAGGAACGUUCCCCCUCUGUUUCAUUUUUAUUUUUCAGCAAGAAGAAUAGUUUUAGCCUUUCUUUGGGUGCCUGAUAGGCCUUUGUGUCCCUUCCUGGUUUGUUGUAGCUUCAGUUUGUGUCCCAGACAAAAACUGCUGCAUUUAAACUGGGAAGAAGAGCGGAGCCAAGGCCUGUGCUUUAACAAGAGGCAACAAAGGCAAAGGAAAUGUCUUCCUCCAAAAUAACUGUGAUAAUCGGACAUGAGUGACGAAUGAGGAUCACAGUGGUGUGACAGGGUCUCGGAAAUUAUUUUGCACCAUAGUUUUAGUUUAGGGUAUGAAAUUAUUGAGUAAUUGUUGGAAUAAGUGAGUAUGACUAAGAAUGGUGUGAGAGAUGAAUCAUUUUACCAAAUACACGAUGUAGAUGUGCUGCGAGAGAAUCGAUGGACUUUAACCUCAGGGUAUGAAGAGAAACAUAAAUCUAAUGUAGCACAGAUGUACUGGGUACCCCCGCCCUGCCCCCUGACCCCAAACCGUCUUUCCUGUUCCAUUUACCUCCCAGACAGAGACAAAGGAGAUUUUGUUUAACCUGCGUUUCUCUACAAUUAAUUAAAACCCUUUAAUAGUGAAUUUGGCAACUGAAGCAAUCAAAUAAUAUAAACUUAAACCAGCUUGUAGCACCAAACAAACUGAACACUGAAGAAGACGGCACCCCAGUCUCACCUGGUGAAAAUACAAAGGACACCACCUGUAUAACUAGCUUUUGUUUAGUUUUUUAACCCAAGAUGAUUUUAAAUGGUGUCGGUGUUUCUUUUUUUUUUUUUUUUUUUUUUUUUUUUUUAUAAAAAGGUGUCGGUGUUUCAGGUUUUAAUUUCUGAACCAUUCUUUCUUGUACAUUUGCUGGUCUCGUCUGUGUAUAUGUGCUUUAAAAGCAUUUUUUUUUUUAAUCAGGGUGCCUCCAGUCCGCAGUAGCACUUUACUGUUUCUGCCAUUCAGCUCUUCUAUUCAGUCACACAAAGGGCUUCACCCACCGUAGGCCUACUGAUCACUAAAACGCAGCACAGGACAUGUGAUUAGAGGCACCAGAAGGCAGGGCAAGAAAAACUAACCGCCCGACCACAAGUUCCCAAGCUCAGCAGAGGAUGUGAUGGACUCUGUCGGCAUCAGUUCUCAGCCCUCUAGUGGUCAGGUAAUAUUGGAAUUAUAAGACUCCGUCUGUCUUUUUGCAAAGCUUUCGUUUGUUCCACAUUCACUAAAGUUUGCAUCUAAGUUUCUCAAGCUAACAGUUCAAAGUUUCUGUUAGUUUGUGGCACAAAAAAGAUCUAGAAAGGAACCUGAAUCGCUAAAUACUAAUAGAACCAGCUCUGUCAACUUCAACAUCAAUCCGAUUGAGUUGCAUCUUUCUUCCUGGGGCAGUUUUAUGCCUCCGACAUUUUCUGAACAAUCUGAGGUGUGAGAAUAAAAACACUGUGCCUUCUGACAGUGCUGCGUCCUGAGAAGAUAGCAGCCCUUUUAAAUGUACAGUACAAAGAGUUCUGAUGUCUCAUUUUAAAUGUAUCCAGAUCUUUACUGUGGCAGAGCUGCUGCUGUCAGGUGGUUUAUUCAAUCCUGCUGUGACUUUUUUAGUCCUCAUCUACCAACUUUUUAAAUCUGCAUGAAAUCUGACCACCUGAAGGCACUUUUAAGCAGAUGUGAUAUUUUUGUGGAAAAAGUGUUUCCCCCCACCUUCAACCUGAAUUGAAUAUGAGCCUGGCUGUUUUUUCAGAUGAAAGAAUAAUGCGGAUUAUAACCUUGUGUGUGUGUGUGUGUGUGUGUGUGUGUGUGUGUGUGUGUGUGUGUGUGUGAGUGUGAGUGUGUGUGUGUGUGUGUGUGUGUGUGUCAACAAAUCCCAUGAAAAGACCAAACACACAAUGAACUGGUGCUACAGCUAAGGAUUAUCUGUGUAGCAGCUUAUUCAUUUGUGACAUCCAUUGUCCAGAGCUAUAAAAGCACACUAAUAAGCCACACAUGUUCCUUCAUUAGGAUUAAUGUUAUUUUUUAAAAUUCAAUCUGCACUGUGCUGCUGAUGUAGAUGCUCUGCAGUUUAACAAAUGUGAAUGAAUCUGUGACUCAAAAAGUCUGCCAAAACUCAAUUAUUUAUUCCAAUUUUAGGAAUAUUAGCUACAGCUGAAAAUGUCCAGCUGUCAUAUUGAAUUACUAUACUAAAUUUGUGACCUUCAAAAAUGUAACAAUAUAACAACCCAUAUGUUUUGGUCGUUUCAGAAGUUUUGCUCACAACAAAGAAAAAAUUAAUGCCAGCUUUAACCAAUGAAGGGGACUAUUUUCUGCCAUUUCAGUUGGCACAAAUAGGCAGAUAAAGGUUCAAGGAAAUUAUUCUCAACUGCUUGAUUCUUCCAAAAUCAUUCAGGAUCUUAUAAUUCCAAAAAAGAAGGUGUGUUUUCCUGCCCUGCCGACAGAUGCUGACGUAGACAUCAUGAAGACCUCAGUUUUCAAAGCUGGUGACAAAAAUAAAUGGCCUGUAGUUCAAACUAAACAGAUUGUGUUCCAUCAGGUUAUCAGUCGUAUUUGGUAGAUUGUGCUCGACUGGGAUAAAUGUGUGCCACAAGUGUUGAAAACACACAAACACCUGCCAGCCUACAAUGCUGUACAUUUUUACACUAGAGAUUUUAACCUGAUGAUUGUAUCGAAGUCAUUAACUUUAUAGUGUUAGUUUUUACAGAUGAUACAUGUUCACAGUACUUAGAGCAGACAUUUUAAUAGAUUUUGUGCAGCUUAGGAUCAGUCUGUUCAGCCCUUUUCCUAAUCAGAUAGCUGAGACUUGAGAAUGUGUGUAGUUUCAGGUGUUUCAUGACUUUCAUGUCUUUCUGUACCAAGUACAUGUUCAAUCUAGAGCAGUGAUUGUCGCCCUCCCCAAGGUAGAAAGACCAGGAAGUGAGCAAGCACUACACAAGAUAUGACGCUGUUCCUGGUCAGGCAGUAGUAGAAAACACUAGUCUAACAGUAUUUCAUUCAUUCAGCUAGUAAGUUUUAUUGAUCAGCCUUUCAUGUGAUAGGAGAGGUUUGAACUUUGUGUCAAAGGACCACUGUGCUGUUUUUGAAACGCUGACCCUCUCAACCAUUUUUUCCCUUUGAUAUGUUUUGAAAGGUUGCUCCAAUUGCUGAUAUCCAGGCUUUACCUGAUGUGAAAAUGCACAUCCAGGAGCUUGAGAACACUCAUUUUGAGUUGCUUGAAGGCUGCCAUUAUUCAUCUUCUCAGUAGAUUUGAGCAGAAGAAAUAUUUUCUAUUAAAGCAAUUAAAUGCCAGUCAGAAUUUCGGUGCUGCAGUUUAUUUUUCAUAUAUAACACUUUUUUUCCCCUCUCUGGUGUCUAAAUUACCCACAUACGUGUUCACAUGUUGAAAAUGCCACGUAAACUGUUUCUACAGGGUGGGCCAUAAGUUUCCAUUCAUAGGAAAAAUAAACAUUUUAUGUUGGACAACCGUUUUUAUUUGUAUAAUGUGCUCUAUAUAAUUACCAUUACUUCGAAAACACGUUAAUACGUGUUUUCCACUAUUGAUGAACUUGCAUUAGCACAGUUGAAGUUAUGCUUGUAAUGGUGUUGGUGAUACGUUCCUUGAGAUGAUUUAUGUCUCGUAUCUUCACCUGAUACACCAUGGCCUUCAAGUGCCCCCAAAUAUAGCAUCAAAUGCAUCUUCUAGGGUAUCUGAAACAUAAAAAAAAAAUAUGCACUAUACAUUUUCCUAUGUAUGGAAACUUAUGGCCCACUCUGUACUUUGUGUCUUAGCUUUUUAAUACAGUUUAUACUUGCACACAAGAUGUGUCAGAAUCUUAUAGGCUGGUUGCCAAGAAAGUUAAACCUCUUAGGCUUUUCUUGAGCAUCACAGAGGACUUGAUGUUUUUGGCUUCCUUUAUUUUUUUGUGUCAUGUAUAUAACAGCGAAGCUCUUCCUCUAAUUGCUACCACAGACACAAUAAAUAUCUCCAAACAAAAACCAGUCUCUAGGAAGCUAAAGGUUUUUUGGCACUGGUUAGUUAUAAUUAACCAGUAGUCCAGACUACUUAAUACUGAUUAAACAGCUCUUUCAUUAUAAGGAGAAAAAAAACCCUUGUCGGGUUUUGGUUUCUAGUGUGUCCAUGUCUAAUAAAAUAAAGGAGCUGAAACAGCAGCAAUAAGUAUGAAGCAAACCGAAUCAGGGUAGAAAGUUCCUCAGAUUUACAUCUGAUACAUAAAGCAACACGACACUCCUAAAGAUGAAUGUCCUUUUUACAAGCUCAGCAUGGCAUUUUCAUCAUGUGGGAUGCUUUUCAACAUUUAAGUCAUUUUCUGAAAGAUUUUUUUUGUUUUUCAAUUUGAGGGAUGAGGUUUGCAUUAUAAACACAGUACUGUGGCUCUUUCCAGGAACACAUCAGUGCCAUACAGUGUUAAAUGUGUUGCGAGCAGGAGUCUCUACUUUGGCUCUGUUAUUGUGUUGCGCUGCCAUCACUGUUCAUGCUGUCUCGUUUUCUCAGCCUCUGUGUCGUGCAAACUUCUAUGAAAAGAUAUUUAUUCUUCAAAAUGUGUCUGUCGAGACAAAGUACUGUAACAUAGGACCUUUGAUUUUAUGUUCUGGAGCCUAAAAAUCAAGUAUACUUUACAAGUAUGUAUAUACCUGCCACUCCAAUGUUUCUGUCGAAAGAAAUUAACUAUAUUUUUGUUUCGCAUUUUAAGCCAAAAGAGUCUCGGGAGUUCAGGGUGUUUUAAGUGAAUGAUGCCAAUAAACUAUAUGGAAAUUUAUAA